UUGAGGAGAUACAGAAAACCCAUGAUAGAUGAACAUCAACGACAAUCAAUCACAGUCCAUAAUCUGGACUCAGAUUGAAAGAAAAUGUCUUCUUCUUCUCCAACAGAGAAAGAAUUCCAAACUUUCCCUACUUCAAAUCCACGCCUUUAUGCUUCGUCAUUCCAUCGAAUCAAACCUAAAACUCCUCGCAAAGUUCAUCUCCACCUGUUCUUCAAUCCCAUUUACCGGAAUCCUCCAUGCUCGUCGUCUCUUCGAUCAUUCCCUUCACAGAACCGACAAUUUCAUUUGCAACACAAUGUUAAAAGCUCAUGUAGAUAAUCGUCAAUUCAAACAAUGUAUAACACUGUAUCAACUCCUCAGAUUUGAUUUAACCGGAUUCAUACCUGAUAAUUACACUUUUUCAUCUUUGGCAAAAGCAUGUGGAUUGAGUAAAGGUUUCUGGGAAGGUCAGGAAAUACAUAAUCAUGUUUUGAAACUUGGGUUUUUAUCGAAUUUGUUUGCAUCAACUUCUUUGGUAGAUAUGUAUUCGAAAUUUGGAUCGAUGAAUUAUGCACAUAAACUGUUCGACGAAAUGCCAGUGAGAAGUCAAGUUUCAUGGACUGUUCUUGUUGAUGGGUAUGCAAGAAAUGGAGAUUUAAUAACUGCUAGGAAUAUAUUUCAUCAAUCCCCGGCAAAAGAUUGUGCAUCAUACAAUGUAAUGAUCGAUGCUUAUGUUAAGAUUUUAGACAUGGAUUCGGCUCGUUACUUGUUCGACGAAAUGCCUGAAAGAAAUGUCGUGUCUUGGACAUCUAUCAUUGAUGGGUAUUGCAACCAAGGUGAUGUUAAUUCCGCGAGAUUAUUAUUCGACACGAUGCCGAACAAGAAUCUAUAUUCGUGGAACGCGAUGAUCGGCGGGUAUUCUCGAAACAAGCAAUCGCGCGAAGCUUUAAGAUUGUUCGAUAGACUGGAAUCGUGUUCUUGGUUUGAACCAGAUACAGUUACCAUAGUAAGUAUCCUUCCGGCCGUCGCUGAUUUAGGCGCGUUGGAUUGGGGUAUUCGUCUCCAUUGUUUCGUUACUCGAAAGAAACUCGACAGAGCGACAAAUGUCUGCACAGCGCUCAUAGACAUGUAUGCUAAAUGCGGUGAAAUUGAGAAAGCAAUAAGAAUUUUCAAAGAAAUGCCGGAAAAGGAGUUAGCCACUUGGAACGCAUUGAUAAAUGGAUUGGCUAUAAAUGGAAAAGCAAAAGAGGCAUUAGAGGUUUUCUCGAACAUGAAAAGAAAUGGAUUUAUCCCUAACGAGAUAACAUUAUUAGGUGUGUUGUCGGCUUGUAACCAUUCAGGUUUAGUUGAAGAAGGAAAGAAGUGGUUUAACGCGUUUGAUGAAUUUAAUUUGAAACCGGGGAUAGAACAUUACGGUUGUUUAAUUCAUUUAUUGGGGAAAUCGGGUUGUUUAGAGGAAGCCGAGAAAUUGAUUGAGGAAAUGCCUUAUGAUGUUAAUGGUGUGGUUUUGAGUUCGUUUCUUUCGGCUUGUGGAUUUGCUAAAGAUGUUGAAAGGGUGGAGAGGAUGAAGAAGAAGGCUAUUGAAAUGGAGCCAUGGAAUGAUGGGAAUUAUGUAAUGUUGAGAAAUUUGUAUGCUGAGGAAAGAAAGUGGAAUGAAGUUGAGGAAAUUAAAGGAUUGAUGAAGAAAAAAGGUGCAAAAAAGGAGAUUGGAUUUAGUGUUAUUGAAGUGGAAGGUAGAGUUUUGGAGUUUAUUGCUGGAGAUCAAAUGUAUCAAGAAGAAGAAACAAUGAUUUUUUUCAUUUUGGGGAAUUUGUUUUUGCAUAUGACUGAUUAUGGUUCUUGUACUUAAGUAUUAUACUUGGAGAAUGAGAUCAUUAUUAUUAU